GCGCGCGGUGGACUCGGCGGCGGCGAGUAGUUAGUUAGUUGUUGUUAGUGUCAGUUGCUCGGCGGCGGCGGCCGCGGUCACCAGGAAGGGGACGGGACGGCCGGUGAUGGUGGUCCCCGCGGCGGCGUGUGCGCCCCUCAGGUAUCUGCCUAAACUGGAACUUAUGCUGUAGACAUUUCUUUGUGGAUUUGUCUAAAAAUCUAAGUGAAACCCCCACAAGAACUCUGGACACCAAAGCUCAGUGGAGCUUCUUGAUUGGUGAACACAUCGAUGUGCUGUGAAGAUGACGCACCCUGACUCAUGGGGAGAGGGCAUGGAAGCUCCUCAUUCAGGACCCUCCCAGACCUUGCCCUGUGUGUAUACUUUAUAAUAAAACGAUAAUUUGUUAAGCAUUUCCUUAUAUCUGGUGAUUCACACGUAAACAUUCCUAUCUUCAGAAAAUAACUUGAGGAAUGAGAGGCAAGGACGAAAGGACGUUCAUCUUGGAAAGACCUAAAGCACUUUGAAGUUUUAAAGGAGUGUAAUGAUAGCUGCUAAAACCACCUUUGUCACCAUAAUGGAUGAAGUACUGCAAGUUUAACUGAUUGAUCACACUUACAAGAGCUGCUAUGAAACAGGGGAAGUGAAAACUAACGGAUGAAAGCUUUGCCAUGCACUGAAAGGAAAGCAUUGUCUGUGAAGUUCUAUUUUUAAAAAUGUCUGCUUGUAACACCUUUACUGAACACGUUUGGAAACCUGGUGAAUGCAAGAACUGCUUUAAACCUAAAAGCUUGCACCAGCUCCCCCCAGACCCUGAGAAGGCACCUAUCACCCAUGGCAAUGUGAAAACUAAUGCCAAUCACAGUAAUAACCACCGCAUCAGGAACACCGGAAAUUUCCGGCCUCCUGUGGCUAAAAAACCCACUAUAGCUGUGAAGCCCACUAUGAUGGUGGCAGAUGGACAAAGUGUAUGUGGUGAGCUUAGUAUCCAAGAACACUGUGAGAACAAACCUGUUGUCAUAGGGUGGAACCGAAACAGAACAGCCUUGAAUCAGAAACCACUUAAUAAUAAUAAUGAAGAUGAUAUUGAAGGAUUUAGCCACGUUCCUAAGCCUUAUGGGAAUAAUGAUAGUGCAAAGAAAGUGUCAAAUAACAAUAGUGGGCUAACUGAAGUGUUGAAGGAGAUAGCAGGCUUGGAUACCAACCCUCAGAUAAGAGGAAAUGAAACAAACUCCAGAGAAACAUUCUUAGGAAGAAUAAAUGAUUGCUAUAAACGAUCACUGGAAAGAAAGCUUCCGCCAAGUUGCAUGGUGGGCGGGAUAAAGGAUACUCAAGGCAAGCACGUUAUUCUGAGUGGGAGCACAGAAGUGAUCAGUAAUGAAGGGGGCCGGUUCUGUUACCCAGAGUUUUCUAGUGGCGAGGAGAGUGAGGAAGAUGUACUUUUCAGUAACAUGGAGGAGGAGCAUGAAAGCUGGGAUGAGAGUGAUGAAGAGCUGUUGGCCAUGGAGAUUCGCAUGAGAGGGCAACCUCGCUUUGCUAACUUUAGGGCAAACACUUUGUCUCCUGUUCGAUUCUUUGUGGACAAAAAAUGGAAUACUGUCCCCCUGCGAAAUAAAUCUCUACAGAGAAUCUGUGCUGUAGACUAUGAUGAUAGUUAUGAUGAAAUCUUGAAUGGUUAUGAAGAGAAUUCUGUGGCCUCCUAUGGACCAGGAAGCAUUCAGAGCAUGGUGUCAUCUGACUCCACAUCACCAGAUUCUUCUUUAACAGAAGAAUCACGUUCUGAAACAGCCAGUAGUUUAUCCCAGAAGAUUUGUAAUGGGGGAAUAUCUGCUGGUAACCCAGGAGAGUCUAAGGACAGGAAGGAAAGUGAGCCCAAUUAUGAAAGUUUUUCAGGUAAUAAUCAGGAGAAGGACUCACCACUAGCAUCCAAAAGCUCAGUAAAAGUUCCAGAGACACACAAAGCAGUCCUUGCUCUCCGAUUAGAAGAGAGGGAUGGGAAGAUUGCUGUACAAACUGAGAAGCAAGAAAGUAAAGCCUCUACAGAUAUUGCUGGGCAAGCAGUAACGAUAAACCUCGUUCCUGUAGAAGAGCAAGCAAAGCCCUACCGAGUUGUGAAUCUGGAACAGCCAUUGUGCAAGCCAUAUACUGUCGUGGACGUAUCAGCAGCCAUGGCCAGUGAGCACCUGGAGGGCCCUAUUAACAGUCCCAAGACGAAAAGCUCUUCUUCUACUCCAAACUCUCCAGUGACAUCACCUGCAAUGACAUCAGGACAAGUAAGUGCCCAUUUCCAAAAAUCCAGUGCAAUCCGAUACCAGGAAGUAUGGACUUCCAGUACCAGUCCACGACAAAGGAUACCUAAGGUGGAAUUAAUUAGUGGUGGAACUGGACCAAAUGUCCCUCCAAGGAAAAACUGUCACAAAUCAGCACCUACUUCACCCACAGCUACAAACAUUUCCUCUAAAACCAUCCCUGUUAAGUCACCUAAUUUGUCUGAAAUAAAAUUUAAUAGUUAUAACAAUGCUGGUAUGCCACCUUUUCCAAUUAUCAUUCAUGACGAACCAACUUAUGCUCGGAGUUCAAAAAAUGCUAUCAAAGUUCCCAUUGUAAUCAAUCCAAAUGCAUAUGACAAUCUAGCCAUUUAUAAAAGUUUUCUUGGAACAAGUGGAGAGCUUUCAGUGAAGGAAAAAACCACAAGUGUAAUAAGCCAUACUUAUGAAGAAAUAGAAACUGAAAACAAAGUGUCUGGUAACACCACUAGCAAACCCACUGAAUGUCCCCAAGCUAAAGGGUUUUCAAACAGCACAGAGCGUAAAAGAGGCUCAGUGGCUCAGAAGGUUCAGGAGUUUAACAGCUGUCUUAGCAGAGGUCAGUCUUCACCACAGAGAAGCUAUAGUUCCAGCCACGGCUCCCCAACAAAGAUCCAGAGAACCACCCAAGAACCUGUGGCCAAAACAGAAGGUACUCAGGAGUGUCAGAUAUUGGGCAGCAGCAGUGGCACCAGGGAGAAAGCAAGCACGGUGCUUUCUCAGAUUGUGGCUUCCAUCCAGCCUCCGCAGUCUCCUCCAGAAAUGCCCCAGUCUGGCCCUAAAGCUUGCAGUGUGGAAGAGCUUUAUGCAAUUCCUCCAGAUGCUGAUGCUGCUAAGAGUACACCUAAGAGUACACCAGUCCGGCCCAAAUCUCUCUUUACAUCUCAGCCCAGUGGUGAGGCUGAAGCACCUCAGAGCACAGAAAGUCCUCCCACCAAAGUACAGAAAGACCCACUCACAAAGCCAGGCACCACUGCUCCCUCCAAAUUAGUGACUAACCCCCAAAGUGAGCCACCACCUCCCUUUCCCCCACCACGCUCUACUUCCUCCCCUUACCAUGCAAGUAACCUUUUACAGAGGCAUUUCACCAACUGGACCAAGCCAACCAGCCCUAGCAGGUCAACAGAAGCUGAAUCAGUUUUGCACUCUGAAGGCAGUAGGCGGGCAGCUGAUGCAAAACCUAAACGCUGGAUAUCAUUUAAAAGCUUCUUCCGCCGUCGGAAAACAGAUGAGGAGGACGACAAAGAGAAAGACCGAGAGAAAGGGAAACUGGUGGGCCUGGAUGGCACAGUCAUCCACAUGCUGCCACCUCCUCCGGUUCAGCGCCAUCACUGGUUCACAGAGGCAAAAGGGGAGUCUAGUGAGAAGCCAGCCAUCGUCUUCAUGUACAGGUGUGACCCUGCCCAAGGCCAGCUCAGUGUGGAUCAGAGCAAGGCCAGGGCAGACCAGUCAGCAGCCACAGAGAAGGCUGGAAUGGAAGAUGGGUUACUACAAGACUCAGAGAAGAAGAAAAGGAGUCAUUCUUCUCCAUCGCAGAUUCCUAAAAAAAGCCUCAGUCACGUGACCCAUGAAGUGACAGAGGAUUUUUCUCCUUGGGAUUCAAGAACUGUUGCUGUGAAGCAAGAUGGCGGAGGCUGCACUUCAGUCACACCAGCAUUGCCCCUACCUGAACUGGAAAGGGAAGAGGAAAAAGAAGACAUUUCAGAUCCUCUGGACGUGAAUCCUUGUAGUGCAACAUACAGCAACUUAGGGCAAUCUAGAGCAGCCAUGAUACCUCCCAAGCAUCCACGGCAGCCUAAGGGAGCUUUGGAUGAUGCCAUUGCCUUUGGAGGGAAAACAGACCAAGAAGCACCUCUUGCUUCCCAACCUACACCACCCCCACUGCCAAAGAAAAUGAUCAUAAGAGCCAAUACAGAGCCAAUCUCUAAAGACCUCCAAAAAUCCAUGGAAACGAGUCUUUGUGUCUUGGCUAAUCCCACCUAUGAUAUUGACCCCAACUGGGAUGCCAGCAGUGCUGGCUCUUCCAUCAGUUAUGAACUCAAGGGACUGGACAUUGAGUCUUGUGACUCCUUGGAGAGACCUUUGCACAAGGAGAGACCUGUCCCCUCAGCAGCAAACAGCAUCUCCAGCUUAACUACUCUCGGUGUUAAGGAUAGAUUUUCCAACAGCAUGGAGUCCCUGUCCAGCCGGCGUGGUCCCUCUUGCAGACAGGGCCGAGGCAUCCAGAAGCCACAGAGACAAGCACUUUAUCGAGGACUUGAGAAUCGGGAAGAAGUGGUGGGUAAAAUUCGAAGCCUUCAUACGGAUGCCUUGAAAAAACUGGCUGUUAAAUGCGAAGACCUCUUCAUGGCUGGGCAGAAAGACCAGCUCCGUUUUGGGGUGGACAGCUGGUCAGACUUCAGGCUAACCAGUGACAAGCCGUGUUGUGAGGCAGGUGAUGCAGUUUACUACACAGCCUCGUAUGCAAAAGAUCCACUUAAUAACUAUGCAGUCAAGAUCUGUAAGAGCAAAGCUAAAGAAUCUCAGCAGUAUUAUCACAGCUUGGCUGUCCGGCAGAGCCUGGCUGUCCAUUUUAACAUCCAGCAGGACUGUGGUCAUUUCCUUGCUGAAGUCCCUAACCGUCUGCUUCCCUGGGAGGAUCCUGAUGCCCCUGAAGAGGAAGAGGGUGAAAUGGAAGAGCCUGAAGAAAAGGCGAAAGGAGAAACGGAUAGGAAAAGCCCAGAGUCCUGCUCUGAAACAGAGUCAUCCCAGAAAGAAAGCCAGGGAGUCGUUAGCAGGAAGCAGAGAAGCCACGUUGUAGUCAUCACCAGAGAGGUUCCCUAUCUCACUGUGGCUGAUUUUGUGCACGACUCUCUGGCCCAGCAUGGGAAAAGCCCUGAUUUGUAUGAGAGGCAAGUGUGUCUGCUGCUUUUACAGCUGUGCUCUGGCCUUGAGCACCUCAAACCCUACCAUGUCACUCACUGCGAUCUACGUCUGGAGAACCUGCUGCUUGUCCACUACCAGCCUGGGGGAACCGCCCAGGGCCUUGGGCCUACAGAGCCCAACCCCACCUCAUCUUGUCCAACGAGACUCAUAGUAAGCAACUUCUCUCAGGCCAAGCAGAAGAGCCAUCUAGUGGACCCCGAGAUCCUCCGGGACCAGUCCCGCCUUGCCCCAGAGAUCAUAACAGCCACCCAGUAUAAAAAGUGUGAUGAGUUCCAGACAGGCAUCCUCAUCUAUGAGAUGCUGCACCUGCCCAACCCCUUCGAUGAGAACCCAGAGCUGAAGGAGAAGGAAUACACUCGAGCAGACCUGCCUCGCAUCCCACUCCGCUCUCCUUAUUCCCGGGGCCUGCAGCAGCUGGCCAGCUGCCUCCUGAAUCCCAACCCUUCUGAGCGGAUCCUCAUUUCAGACGCCAAAGGCAUCCUCCAGUGUCUCCUCUGGGGCCCCCGGGAAGAUCUCUUCCAGACUUUCACCACCUCCCCCAGCCUAAUACAGAGGAAUGCCCUGCUCCAAAAUUGGCUAGACAUCAAGCGAACACUGCUGAUGAUCAAGUUUGCUGAGAAGUCCCUGGACAGGGAGGGUGGGGUCAGCCUUGAAGACUGGCUUUGUGCUCAGUAUUUGGCUUUUGCCACUCCAGACUCGCUCAGUUGUAUUGUGAAAAUCCUACAACACCGUUAAUUUAUCCUGGUUGCUGCUUUUACUUCAUUUUCACCUUCUUCAAGUCGCCCAUGCACUUCCCCUUCCUAGUACUCACACAGAAUUCAAGGAAAGAAGAGAAACAAAUCUUCCAUCUCUGUCCAUGAACAGAUGAGUCCUUUCAGAAGGGUUAUCCACAGCUCCAAAUUGAAUGAGAACUGAGUCUGUCUUAACUUUAUAGAAAUUCAACUGCACAGAUAAGCAGUUGCCUUCCGUCGGAACACGUUCCACCCUAAUUGUCCCACAUAUGCAGGUAAAAAGUGGAAAUGCACAUCCUUGAAGGGACAGAUCCCUUUGGUAUGAACUCAGUGAGCUGUGUCCAGUUCCUCCAUAAUUCUGAAUAUCACCUGUCUUUUUAACACCAAGUAUUUAUUCUCACUAGCAAUAGACAGAUUUAACCAAUUUUACCGUCAUCCAGUAAGCUCUCAUGACAGACUUUCUUCCUUUAAAGUAUCAGUAACUGACUCUCUUACCAGGCAGACUGCCAUCCUUAGCAUCAGCUCAGUUUUGGUUCCAGGGACUGUACCCUUUCUUCCAGCAGGUAGUAGAAGGACAAGGAGAGAUCCCAUUCCUUGGGUCAUGGACCUGUUUUCAUUUCUGUUAUUGAUAAGUGGGUGUACUGCAUGGAGGACAGCCCUAAUAGUCUCCCCUCUGCUGCCACUGCCUGAUUCACCUUUACCUCUACUCUGUCCCCACUUGCCAACAAAGUUUGAGUUUAUCAUCCACUUGUGGCCCAUUACAGAGCUGACCCAAGGUGGUGUCACCAAUGUCUCAUCAGGGUGGCGUGCAGUUCAGAUCUUAUAAAUAGCCGGCAGGACACAAGGAGAUGAUUUUCCUGUAUGUGCAAUUCUCUAGGGGCCAUCAGGGGAACAGCUUAAAGUACCGUUCUUUGAUUACUGUCGGAGCUGUCAGUGUUGGCAGCCCUGGCAGUGCCCAGAUCACAGUUUUUCCCCUGAGCAGUAAUUGGCCAGCUUCCUCCUAUCAGUAGCCAGUGUUAACUAGUCUGCCAAAUGCUGUAGACAGCAGCCCCGAAUGAAAUGGCUGUCAGUUGAGCUCUAAGAUCUCCUUAGAGGGCAUGUCGCUGCUGGCUGUUAGGAUGGCCAGAAGGCAGGGGAGGGGGAGAAGGCCACUGAUGAGACUGCUGACCUCCUGCUCAGAAUGCUGACCUUUUCUGGAGAAACUGCCUCCUAGUUGCACUGGCACGUUGCUCCUUAUGACUCUGAAAUGGCUUUGGAGGACAGCUCACGGGGAAUUUUGAUUGCUGAGGUGGGUGGUUGAGAGCUGUUCACUGUGCAUGGGGUCUUUGCUCUUCUCCUAUGGAUAUAUGUGCAAUUUUUAUGUAUUUUUUUAGCUAUAUUAUUACAGUGUUUAUGUUGCAACUUCAUCUGAAACAAGAUCUGCGGAGAUCCUCCCCUUCUUCCCUUGGCGCAUAUUUGUGCUAAGAGACGAGUGUUCCUUCCACCCUGGGCUGGGGGUGGGGGGGACGGACUUGUUUUAUUCAAAACUGUGAGUAUCUGUUUACUUCAACCCAAGAGUCACUCGGACAGUGUGAGUGUGUGUGCACAUUUGUGCCCGUGUGUGUGCACACGCAUGCUGGAAAUGGGGGCCAGGCCUCUGGGGAAGAAACCUGUGGUAGGGUUGAUAGACAUGUUCUCUGCACCUAGUCAGUGAGGGAGCCCUGGGGCCCCUCAUCUACCAGUGCAGUUUCUUAAAGAAGACUGAUUGUGCAGUAUUACUUAGAUAGCACACUAGUGGCCUUUUGGAAGUUUCUGAACUUUUAACAUUUUUAACAGCCUUUCAUAUGAUUCAACUAUAUCAAAGAGGAUCAAGAAAGGAGAAGAAUGUACUUGAUCAUUCUCUUGUUUCUUCUUUUUUUUUUUAAGAGAAUGGGACAUGUGAGGCUCCAUAUGGAGGAUGUCCCUGUCCUCCUGGCUAGCACUAAGGACUCCUAAGAAAGAGAGUUGAUUGGCCCACAAAGAGUCUUGCCUCCUCUAGCCAGAGUGCAGGGCUCUGCCCCUAGGAAUGGCCACAGAGUGGGCAUGCUGCUGCAGGCCAGCAGUCCAUUCUCUCAGUGUCCUGUGGCAUGGCUGCGCCUUGCCUAGCAGACUGGCGCUUGGUUCACCUUAGCAUAGCCCAUGUGCACAUAACUCCUUGCCUAAUUAUACACUGAAGUAGAGCACACAGACCACUGACCGUGUCAGCCAGCACAUUCCCUUAGCGGCCCUCCCCGCCAUGGUUUGCACAUUGAGACAUUUUCUCAAUGUCACUCUUGUGGUGCCUUGCCCUUGUAAAUUUGAAUGUUCACUAUUUAAUCAGAUUUUAUAUUUAAUGAAGAAUGUUCCCUCAUCCCUCUAUUUGUUCUUGAGGUAUCUUUUUUCUUUUUUUUUCUGUUUAACUUGGAUCCAGUCUUCUUCAUUUUAACUCUAUAGUGUUAUAAGCAUGGACACCCUCUGCUACCAUUAUCUUAUAGCACUGGUAAACCAAGCACCUCUUCACGUCUGAUGUGUUUAGUACUGUUUUUAUGUUCAAAUUUGUUAAUGGCAAAAGAUGAAUGCCAACUAGUCAGAGAAGGGCCUCAGGCUUCCCAGAGACGGGUGGCUAGAUUAAUUUUCCUCUGCGUGGUGGCCAAAGUAUGUGAGGUGGGGAGGGAAGAGGGUGUUACAGGUUAGAGCAGAAUAGACAAAAUAACUAUUUCUAGGCAAGAAGUACUACAUCAGAUGGUCCUCAGAAUAUUUUUCCAAAAUAAUGAAAUUCAGUCAAUCUACUAUUAUCACAAAUAUUUUUUUACAUUUUCAUUUUAAUUGUAGUAGGAACUUUGAAUUCAUUCAUCAACUGGAAAGAAAUCUUACCCUCAGACACAGACAUACAUGUAUAUAUAUACACAUAUGAGUUUUGGAUUGUGACUAGUAUAGCACUUUAAGAUUUCUCAGUUACAUCAAGUUAUUGUCUUCAAUAUUGACUGGAAAUUUUUUUCCUUUCCAUUGAAGUCUAUACUAUAGAUUCUUCCAUUUAUAUUGAGAGUUUGAACAAUUCAGCCACUAUUGGAACUUUUCCUUAAGCCACAUGAGCAAGAACAAUCUCUUUGACACAUUUGGGUGCUAGAGAAACAGGAUAAUGGCUAGAGUAGCCAAGACCAAGACUGAAUGUAUAGCAGAGUGCCUUCUUAGAGCGAUAACCUCAUCUUGGGGGGAAGAGAAUCCAAUGCUCCACACAGAGGACUAGGACACGAGAGAUCCUCCAUGCUAGCCUGAGGAGAGCCCCUGUGGAAUAUGUACACUGAUGUGAUGCCCAGAAACUAGUUCACAAAGAAUAACAGCAGGAUAGGAACAAGAACAGUUGCAACCUGUGGAAUCAACAAGAAAAGAGUCAUGAAUGGGUUUACCAACCCCUAGGCUAAGUCAGCAUUGGAAGCCAGGAGUAUGACAGUGGGUUUCAGGUUUUGCCUCUGAAGAUGAACUGGGUGAGGUAUAGAGUGGGGCACAAGCACCCACACUACUGAUGUUGGGGGGCUAAAAGUAAAACAUAUUUGUUAGGAUUUUAAGAGUCUGAGUAGCUUUUCAUUGUCAGAUUAAGUGGGGACAGUUUACUUCCAAUCUCAGAAUAAGUUUAUGAACGUGGAAAACUCUAAGCCAAGAGAUCUAAACCUCUAGAAAUAUUAAUGACAUUUCUGGGAGUAAAACUGCCUAAAAUUGUAUUUUAAAGUUUCUAGCAUUGUAAAAUUUCCAUGGAAGAUCUCUGGGGCCUACUAAAUAGUAGGACAUAGAAGGAUUGCACUCAGCUUCCCAAAUUGGAAUUAAGAAUACUUUGGUGCUGAGAAGUAACCAGACUUGGUUUUUCUGGUAACCUGCAACUAGGAUUUUUCCCUGGAUUAUACUGGUAGUGAUCUGAAAAAAUACAAGCUAGUCCCGGAAAUUGGGAGGACAUAGGAUACUGCACUAUGUUCCGAUGAUUCUAGAUGUAUAAAGUAUGAACAUACUUGGAGACGAGGGAGAGAGGAACUUGACCCCCAGGCCAACUCACAUGUUUUUUAUUCCCCUCACUUCUUGAUAAAGAUUGAAAAUUCUGGUCCAGCCUAAUGAGUGAGCAGGAUGGCUGCCCAUGUAACCGGGUUAUUAGUUUUACGUCAUUGAAGCUCACACGCUCAAAGGCCCAAAGCACCAAGACAAAUCCAGGUGCUGCUCUUGCCGAAGUGUGCACUGACGGCGAGCCGUCCCUGCGAUGGCAGCGCCGAGGGGGGGGAUUCUACGGACCAAAAGUGAUGCCGUAAGGAAGCCAGAAGAGCCGCGAUGCAAGAUCCUAGAUAGAGAUGAUAGCAAAGAAAUCAAGCCUUUUUGUCCUGAUGUUUCUAAGGUGGUGAAGUUGAGUUAUGACAGAUGCCAUGGGAGGAAGAUUCACAUACAUUCCACGUCAAGGUAUUUGGCUGAUAAAAUAAUCCAUCCUCAAAAAAGCACCUGUUUUUUUUUUUAAACAAGUCCAUUUUGUGUAUCAGAAAAAAAGAGAAGAUAAUGAUGAAAGCCUGGGCAGAUUAUGAAGUUCCCCAGUAUUUCCCUGUACCCUUGACAUGACUGUGGCUAUUGCCUGAACUUCAGCUUGGGAACAUCAUAUCCAUGUGAUACUGACAGCUGAGGAUUUUUUUUAAGAGUUGUGGUAGUUCCCAUAGGUUUGUUUAAAGAACUCUUGGGAAAUUUCUUAACAAAUUGUAAUCGUUUUUAUAAACCUUCCUCCAGAGGUUGUUUACCUCCCAUCAUCACCAUCAUUUAAUAUUUAUAAGUACCCAGGAUGUACAAGGUGCUAUACAGCUGUUAAACACCUCCUCUCUGCAGCUGUUUGACAUUAGAGUAGGUUUUUGCAUCAGCCACUGCCAGAAGCUUUCCCCACCUAGGUGGGCUGCAGGGGCCUGCAUUCCGGACAUCCCAUUACAUGUUUCCCACUCCAGAGAGCCUCUGUUUUUAUUCCAGCUUGUCACUUUUACCUAUCCCUCUCACCCCCAUGUUUUUCUAAAAUCAAGAAAGUUUCAGGGAAUCAAAAGAGGUUGGAAGUUUUUUAACCUAGCAGAAGUACAGAGAUAUAUUUUGCUACAAAUAUUAUUGUAUUACGGAAAAUCCACUUUGCCCGUAUAGUGUGUGGAAAGUAUGUGUGCGCACUCACAAUAACUUGAAUGUUGAACCAGCCCUAUGGCUUCAAGGUAGCGUUUUGGAAGGAUACACCACACCGCUUCAGGAAACUUGCUCCCAAUACUAUUUGGUUAUCCCUUCCCUUACCAGUUUUAAAGAGUGUUGUGUGUGAACACAGUGGGUUGGGAUUUUCUGUUGAUGAUAUGCAGGGCAUUUUGGUGUAAGAUCAGGGCAGAAGCAAGAUGUCCUCCUUCUCAGUGAUUUGAAUCAUGCCAAUCCUCAUUCCUAUCUCUCUACUUCCCCAUGGCUCUGCCCACACUCUAUAUUUGAAAAUCUUGUUUCUUUUACUCUUUUCCUGGAGCUUCACCUCUCCACUUACGUAUUUUAGAGUUGUAUAAAUCUACCAAUGAAAGGUCCCCUCUGUCACCAGGUGGCACCACCCUUUGGUUUGCUGUGGUACUUUGCUGUGUUCUCUCUGGCAUCAUGUUACUGUGUAAAUAAAUUCAUUUUAAUAUACACUAAAAACCAGACAAGCGCUCGUCCU